AUCACAACAACUUUCAACUUUCUCAUCACCUUACGUACGUACUGUUUUUCAUUUUGUCAUCCAAAACGCAAAAAUGGCGAACACCGCUAUGAUCAGAACCGUCGUCGGCAUUAUCGGUAAUAUCAUCUCGUUGGGUUUGUUUCUUUCUCCAAUUCCAACUUUUGUGAAGAUUGUCAAGCAAAAAUCAGUAGCAGAUUUCAAGCCAGAUCCUUAUCUAGCAACUCUGCUCAAUUGUGCCGUCUGGGUUUUUUAUGGAAUGCCAUUUGUUCAUCCUGAUAGCACCCUUGUCUGGACAAUCAAUGGUGCUGGUUUCAUUAUCGAAUCCGCCUAUAUUGUCAUCUUCAUAUUAUACUCCCCUGGAUCAAAACGUAGAAGGAUCUUCAUCGUUCUUGUGGUUGAAGCUGCCUUCUUUGCUGUUGUGGUUUUAGUCAACAUGCUCGCUUUUCAUACCACAAAAACCCGAACUCUGAUAGUUGGAAUCAUCUGUAUCGUCUUCAAUAUCCUUAUGUAUGCUUCACCAUUGACGGUCAUGAAAAUGGUGAUCAAGACAAAGAGUGUCAAAUACAUGCCAUUUUAUCUUUCAUUAGCCAACUUCUGUAAUGGAAUUGUUUGGCUUAUUUACGCGCUUCUCAAAUUUGAUAUCAAUAUUCUGCUUCCCAAUGGGUUGGGAGCUCUAUCUGGCUUGGUGCAACUCAUUCUAUACGCUACAUUCUACAAGACCACCCGAUGGGAAGAUGACGACGACGAUCAGAAGUCACGAUCAGAAGUCCAGCUCUCGAAUGUUUAGAGAUAUCAAUCGAUGGAUUGACAUGACAAAGAUUGAUCGAGCUAGUUAAUUACUUAAUUUCUUAAGUGGACCAAUAAUGCUUGAUUAAAAUUCUGUUCUUUUGGCCGAUCAGCUUUCGUGUUCUUGUGUUGAGCCAACUAUAGGAGAGCAGAUUGACGGUUUUAUGUUAAUCAUAAGAAAGAAUUCAUUUCUUGGUUAAUAAUGUCAGUUGUUGUUGUCGAUUAUUUUGCCUAAUGAAAGAAUGAAUGGUUCUAUUUUGAACCCUCAACUUUGCACCAA